ACGAAAACAUACAGCGCGAAGAGCGAAGACGCCCUCGGGCGCCAGUUUGGAAACGGCAUCGGCAGAGGGCGCCGCCAGCGGCGCAGCGCAACGGUCAGCGUUCAAACUUGUUCGCUCAGUUGCUGGAGCUGACGCUCGCUUGUGUAGCGUUUCGAAGUUUAUCUGGUUUUGGAAGCAUACGAGGUGACCGGAACAAACCAACCUGUGUACCUGGCAGUGCAUACAGCCACGUCAGAGCCAAGCGGAGUUGCACCAUGUCGAAAACGGUCCCGGACGAAAUCUUAUCGUCUUCUCCUGAGGGGUCUGAUCAAGAUGAUGCCACAUGGGACCUGUUCUCAUGCAACAGAAAGCGUCGUCGGAAACGUCAUUCAUCUAGCACAUUACCUGUUUCAACGGGGCGCCCUAAUGUAUCAGACAGUGAUGACAGUGACUGUGAUAGAGGCACAGAACCAGGUCCAUCAUCACGUGUCAGGAAUAUGACUUCAGGAACUCGAAUGCGAGGCAGCAGAACGCGCAGUCAGAUAAGACGUUCCUGUAGAACGUUCCCCGAUUCAAUGAGAUGCCAUAUUGCAUCAGAAAAUGUUGACAGUGACCACGAUACAAACACGGAAUCAAGUUCGUCAUCAGGUGUAAGCAGAACAACUUCAGGCUCUUUAAUGCAAGGGGGCAGAAAACACCUGCGGAAAAGACGGUCGUGUACAAAAUUGCCUGUCUCAACAAGAUACAUGACGGAAAGUGAUGAAAGUGGCCAUGAUCGAGAUGUGGAACCAGGCUCGUCAUCAGGUACCGAAAGUGACCCCAUCAGGGCGACAUCAUCUGAGGUCAGGGAAUUGGCCCCAAGCACUUCAAUGGAAAGGAGCGUAGAACAAUGUGGCAGAAGAUACCAGUGUGGAAGUCCUCCAUGUUUACCAAAUGACAGUACCCAAAGUGAUAGUAGCAAUGACGAUGACAAAGAACAAGGACCUUUGUCAUCACCUGUCAUUAAAACAGUGUCAGACAUCAUAAAAAAUGGAAACGCAUUUCAUGCCCUGGGGAUUUUCAAAGUUCCUGUUGUUAUCAUGGAGAAGCUGCAGGACGUGCCAGACUGUGCGAGACGCCGCAAAAGUUUUGUCUGCGCCGAGGCCAAGAUGUCGGUCCUUGGUACCAGUGGAUUGGAUUUUGUGUGGGACUCCUCCAACCCUUCUAGCAAAGUAGGAAGCCUGAAAACAAGUGACAGGUGUAGAGGGAAGAAGACUGUGAGGUUCAGUGAAAUCACGAGCGACAAGAGACACAGCACCCCAUUGCCAGGUUAUCGUGGAAUUGAGACAGUUCAUCAGUCUCCAAAAGAACUGGUGUGUGAGGAAGACUUGAUUGCAAAUGCAGAUGUUUCACUGCACGAUGUUGAUCGUCAGUCAUACAAGGUCUACGAUUUCAGCAUCUAUGACAAGGAUGGUCAGCCAUGCUACUUUGAAAGCAGACUCCUUCAGAAGAAGACAGUGUUUUUAAAAGGAAACGUCAAGGCGAUCUAUGAUGAUGGUGGCUACUCAGAGGGCAUUGCAUGUGGCAGUAUUGGACCGGUAACCUCGUGGUGGCUGACAGGAUUUAACAGUGGUGAUAAUGUUGUCAUUGGAAUGAGCACGGACUGUGCCGAUUACUACCUCGUGGAUCCUGAACCCGCCUACCGAAUAUUCAUGGCACAGAUGAUGCGACAGAUUGCCCUAACUAAAAUUGUUCUCGAAACCGUCAGCAACAAUUUGGAUUGCAGCUAUGAAGCUCUGGUUGAUGCAGUUGCAAGUCACAAGCCAUCGAAUGGUGAAAAGCCCUACGUGGAGAACGAGCUGCUUCAACAUGCUCGCUUUAUACUGGGUCAUGCGUGCAGCUAUGACUCCGCUCGUGCCAGCUGGGAGAAAGUCUCUGUCUCUUCAGCGCCUUGCAUGCAGAAGCUCGUCAACCUGUGCCGCAUAAAGCUGAGAAAUGGCCAGUCAAACUCUGAGCUGCAGAGUUACAUUAGACCAGGGCCAUCACCUGCAACCUGCACACCGAUAGUUCAUGAAGUCUUUGACAUGAUGUUUAGCCCAGAGAUGCACCAAAAUCUACUGGACUCUCCCAAGGAAAUGGAUAACAACAAGGAGCUAUGCCCAGAUAACGUCUCGGUCGGGACAGACGACAGUGUUAAUUUGAGCGUUUGGGCUCGAGGUGAAAGGAUAAUGCACGGCGACUAUGUCUUAAUAGAACACUUUGAAUCUUCAAGGGUGGGACGUGUAGUACGCUUUUUUACCGAGAGUUCUGUGCUAAUGGCACACCUGCAAUGGUUUUGUUUUCCAAAGGAGACAGUUCUUGGAGAGAUAGGAAAUCCCCAUGAACUGUUCAUGAUUCCAGACUGUGGUGACGUCAAAGUUGAGAAAAUACUGCAGAAAAUGAAGGUACUCCGGCACGAUAUCACCAAGACCUGGAACUCCAAUGCUGAUACACUUCCAUUUGAGAAGGACAAUGUGAACGGCUACUUCUACUCAAAACUGUACAACAGAGAUGAAAACAGGUUUGAAGAUGCUCCAGAUACUAUAUCCAGCGAAGCUGACGGUGAUCUGUGCUACAACUGCAACCUCAAAAGGGAACAAGAAAUGGAUGAAAUGGUUAAACUUUACAAGGCAGCACACAGUGCUGAUACAUAUGCUGCUGUAAGGUGGCACAGAGAGACAUACCGCCCAGGGGACUUUAUUCUUUUAGAACCCGGUACGUUCGGCUUUGCAAAGGAUCAGCAUGGCAUUAAGCGGUCAGGAGCACAACCAUGCCAUAUUGCUGUCAUCAAGCGCAUUUUCAAAGACCUCAAAUCAAACAGCCGUUCAGCAAAUAAUGUGAUGCUCCAGGUUUCAAAAUAUUACAGACCAGAGGACACUGCUCUUGGGAGUGCUUCCCUGCACAUGAAUGUUAUCUUCGCAUCUGAAGAAUUGUCCACCGUGCAUCUCAGUGCCGUUGUUCGGAAGACAAAUGUGGAGUAUGUCGCAUCUCCACCUACAUCCGCUAUUUGGGAUCUGCACAACAAGUUUUUUUGUUCACAGUCUUACUGUGCCGAAACAAGAACUUUCACUGACCUGACCUGCCUCGAAGCUCGUCAAAAUGAGGAUGGAGACAAGGAGUAUCCUGCAGUGCGAAGACUUCGUACCCUGGAUGUGUUUGCUGGAUGUGGUGGGCUCUCUUUGGGAUUUGAAAUGGCAGGAGUCAGUGAGACCCGUUGGGCAUUGGAGCACUGUGAUGCUGCAGCCAGGGCAUUUCAGCUCAACUUCCCAGAUGCUACAGUGUUCAUCGAGGACUGCAACUCUUUUCUUAAGGAUAUCCUCGAAGGAAAGGAGACUGGUAGCAAAGGCAAACGUCUUCCUCAAAGAGGAGAUGUUGAACUUCUUUGUGGAGGGCCUCCUUGUCAAGGCUUCAGCCUCUUGAAUAGGUUUCGUGACGGGCGGUCAGCACGGUUCAAGAACUCCCUGGUUGCAUCCUAUUUGAGCCUGUGCGACAUAUUCCGACCUCGCUACUUUGUGCUGGAGAACGUCCGAAACUUUGCCUACGUGGAACAGCACCUAGUGCUCCAGCUCACCAUCAAAUGCUUGCUGCGUAUGGGAUACCAGUGCGCUUUCAACAUCUUACAGGCUAGAUCCUUCUGUCUGCCACAAGACCGCAAGAGGUUUUUCAUAAUUGCUGCAGCACCAGGAGAAAUUUUGCCAAAGUUUCCGAAACCAUGGUCCUGUUCCCGAGAUCGAUCGAGUCACUUGAAGGUUUGUGGGCAAAAGUAUGAAUUGAACACCUCUUUGAAAUAUGCCCCACUGCGAGCAGUAACGAUCCGAGAUGCCAUCAAGGACCUGGCCUCGGUUGAUACAAGAGGAGAUGUUGCAGCAGCACCAGAACCUGUAUCACAGUUCCAGCAGAUCAUGAGCGGUGAUAACCAAGGACUACUGAAGGACCACCACGCCAAGAAACUAAAUCCACUUAUUGAGGCCCGACUGCAGCACAUUCCAAAGCAUCCUGGAGCCAACUGGCAGCAUCUCCCAGAUAUUGCGGUCCCACUUUCCAAUGGCUCUAUGACAGAAAAAUUAGCCUACCACGAUUUCGGCAAUGGUGUGAAAGCGCUGUGCUGCUGCGCCGUGGGAUCGCCAUGCUUAAAGAGCAUGUACUUCCAGAAGAACACGUUGCGUCCAUGGAACCUCACCCACAAACUGGAAAGGGCAAAGGCCGUAGAGAUGCGCGGAGAUGACAGCAGGGCAUAUUCAAGGCUCGACUGGGACGGGCACGCCAUUACACUUACCACUACUGGAGUUGGCAGCACGCACGGCUGCAUUCAUCCAGACCAGGACAGAUUUCUGACACCACGCGAACGUGCACGUGUGCAGGGUUUUCCCGACAAGACUGCCUUUGUGGGUUCCAUAACCGACAAAAACAAGCAGAUUGGAAAUGCAGUGCCGCCUCCACUUGCAGCAGCUGUGGGCUAUGAGAUUGUAAAGAGUCUUGCUGCAUCACAGGAGGAGAGGACAGGGUGCUGCUUUUCACACUAACUAUACUGAGGACACUUUCUACUAGUGCUAUUUUAUUUUAAUCAUAUUUUUACUCGCUAUCAUCCAUUGUUUUUAUAUUGCCAAGCACUGUCAUUGAAUGCCUAGACUCAUUUUGUUGUGCCAUUUUGCGGAAGCUGCAAUUUACUUUGUACUUGUACGCGAUAAUGAAAUCUGCAGUGUAUCCCGGUUAAAGAUCAUGUGGCCUUAAUCAAUCAAUCAAUCAAUCAUGUCACACUUAGAAUGCCGAUUUUGAUUAUUAUUGACAACCAAAGUAUUUUCCAUGGUAUAAUUUAACACUGUUUGAAACUGUUUCAUCCACUGGUAGGCCACAGUGACAAAGUCUAGUCUACAUAGCUCAUUUACCGAGUACAUUCUAUCAUUUGUGCUUCACAUAAACGCAUUUCUGCACAACUCACUUGUAUUUCAAGUAUGUCUGUGUCUAUACAAUAUAGCUAUCCUAUCACGGCCCAUCAUUGAUGAAAACGUAAAAUAGAUCAUUGCAAACAAACGAUCAUGCUCAGAGCUUCCUUCAUAUCGAAUCAAGUUUCAUUAAUCGUACCAUAAUAUCUGUGUUUGUAUGCUUUUAUGCUUGCUGCAACAUGUUUUAAUGAUGGCUGAUGUAGCUUAUUUUCUGCCAUUGGUGUGUGACAAGGACAACCACAUGUAACUGACAUUUUUAAAGCCCAUGCCUGUCCGUAGGAAACUUUUAGACUGCUCAGAAGCACCUUACCUUGUGUGUGUGUACCUUGUGUGGCUAUUAUUUUUUUAUAACCUUUUGAACUUCAUGAAUUUACUGCACUUAAUACUAUGUUUUUUGAUUACUAAAACAAUGUUUAAUGGAAAUAGGUGAGGUAAAGUUUAUGCUUGAAUAUGUGCUGCCUUUCCUGCCGAUGGUAUUAUGUCAAUGACGGUUGAGAAAUGCUAUUCCAACUUUAGAAAUGCAGGUGCGGGUGUUGUUUUAGAUUAAAUUUAUUUUAUUCCUUUGCUCGUCCUGCCUAUUCAUGGGCAGAGGGAACAUUAAAAUUGAAUUGAAAUAAAUUCUGUCAAAUGGCUGUUCCUGGCCGUUCGAGAUUGAUUCUGUCUAGUGCUGUGACAUAUUGCUGCCUAUAGAAGUAGCUUGUUUUGUGUUGUAACUUGUGCUUGAAAUGUUUAUACUAUAUAUAUAUUUGAUGAUCUGAGUUAUAUUUGUGAUCCUGAUUAUAUUUAGAGGUUUUACUAGUAUACUGUUAUAAUGUGGUUGAACUGUCAAAUCUAGGACAACAUUUCUUUCAGUAUAGUGCCUUCAAUACUAAGUCAAUGCAUGUAGAGGCCAAACAAUGUGCUGACAGUGCCAUAAUUAGUUUGGAAGCAGAUAAUAUAGCUACUUAGCUGUUCAAUUAACAUUUUGAACCUGCCUGCUUUUAGAAUAUAGAAAAUAAAUAAAUAAAUAAAACAGCGAAACACAGAAUGCACCUUGCAUUGAAGAACAAGAUGGGAAAAUUUCCACUGUAAUAAUUACCACAGCCCUGUUUUACCCUUAGUUAUUUAAGAGAAACAAGGUUUAAAGAUAGUUACGUUUUGUGUUAGACACCAUAGGUUUUCUUAACACCAGAAUUGUAGGCAAGGACAGUGGAUAAAAGCAAUACGUGCUCCUUUGUAAAGAAGACAGGCUUUGUAUUGUUCUCUCUGGUAGCGGUCAGAAUGAGUUAAUUUGCAUAAGAGAUGUUCCACAAAACAUGGACGUGUCUUUCUGUUUGCACGUUUCAUGAAGUGCUUUUUGUUAUGGUUCAGUGACACAUGCCCGUGUGCAAUAGUAUUUCUCUCUAGUAACUGCAUGAAGAACUUUUGGUGCUAUUUUAUGAAUACUGUACCCAUUUUACCAAAUAUUUAACUGACGCUUGCAGUCUCAAGAAUCUGUGUGGGAGUAGUUUUCAGAAUGUUUGUGGGUGCACGCAGGUGUGUGUAUGGGGGGGCCAUGCGCACCUUUUCCUGUAAGACAGCUGUGAUAUGGGAUUAUUUCGAUGCAGGCCACUACUUUUGCUUCUAAAAGAUAAUUUAUUGCAAAUUUUGUUCAGUGAUGAUUAUGCUAAAUUGUGCAUUGUAGAGGAAUACAAAAAUAAUCUAUUUUACAAUGAUGUUACACGUAAUGUUGGCCCUAUAUUACAUUACCAAUCUGAGUAUCUCAUGUCUCAGCAGGACAAAGUUUAUCUUGUCUGGUUCUUGCAUAGAGGUGUACAAAGAUUACAGUCUGUCUCAGCUUAUCUGGAGAUAAGGGCUAUGGCUCUGUUUGCCUUAUCUUUGUGUGAUGGCCCUCCAUAAACCCUUCUGAUAACAACUUUCAGAGCACCCUGUUUUGAGCUUGUCUCAUAGGAUGGCGAGUGAACAUAAUUAUAUUGCAAUAUUAAACAGUGUUACACUUGUUAAGAAAAAAAAAAAUCUGGAUUUUUGAUUAACCCACGAUUGUUUAAACAGACGUUAUUUUGCGAAAUGUGUAUAUAUAUAUAUAUAUAGGCUACAAGUAACGAAGAGGCUUGGGAAGCCGUAUAAGGAUUAAAAGCAGUUGCUACUUUAUUACAUUAAUAAUUAAGGGGAGUUACUAGAAAUAGAUAGUUACAGUUAGGGGUCAACGUUUCUGCAGUCUGCGCUACCUUCACCAGUCCUGUUACUUCAAAAGGUCUGACUCUUUCGGGUUAAAUGUCUUUCUUGGAGUCAGAGUCGAGGGGGGGGGGAUCUAGUGCUAUUUUGAAAUAUGAAAUUUGGUGCGAAAUUGGGUGCUAUUGAAACAAUCGACUAUCAGGUUUCUUUUUCAUUGUGUCCAGCAAGUGGCCCAUAGUUAGAGGUGCACAUAUUAGUCAAACAUGCAUUCUUCGCAAUCUGUAGUCACAAACACCACAUCAUGUCACGUUAAAUGUGCUUUGUAUAGUUUGUUGCUGCACUCAGAUAAUAUCUUCAUCAGACGUGUACACUUAUUGCUACUAAAUCGUGUAAGUGGUUAGAAUUCAGGGAGAAGUCGGGGUUUUUCCAAAUUGGUCUGAAACUGCUUCGGGUGGGAACAAUAUGGUUUGCAUGAAAACGUCGGACCUUAAAUGUAUAUUGUACAUGCUAAAGGGUUUGGUGCGUACCUGGACUUAAAGAUUAGUGUUUUUGAAUGUUACUGCCAAUGUAAUUGCAUCUUUUUACUCUUCUUUUUCCCAUAAAACAUUGUAUCAGGAAGUGCACUCAUUGUUGAAGGCAGCAGAAACGUCUGUGCAAUCGUUUAACACGGACUUGAACACAUGAAGUUACUAGUAUUGAGGUACAGUAUUUUAGGAGGUUUUAUAUUGCAAGUGUACAGCAGUUUUUUUCAACAUGCUAUGUACAAUAUGCUUCACUGGAAAGUGAAAGUAAAAUUGAUCAUUCUGCA